UUGGAGAAGAGUGCCCUACCAAAUAUUGGGUCACUAAGAGGUUUGGAAGUAAUUGAUGAAAUUAAAGCAGCAGUUGACAAAGCUUGCAAACGUCCUGUAGUAUCAUGUGCUGAUAUCUUAGCUAUAGCUGCUCGUGAUUCUGUCUCCAUAUUGGGAGGGUCACUCUACUGGUACAAAGUUUUACUAGGCAGAAGGGAUGCAACAACUGCUAGCAAGGAUGCUGCAAACUCAAAUCUUCCUCCUCCAUUUUUCACUUUCUCUCAGCUUCUUUCUAGUUUUCAGUCUCAUGGUUUGGACCUCAAAGACCUCGUAGCUCUUUCUGGUGCUCACACCAUUGGAUUUGCCCAAUGCUCCACCUUUAGGAACAGGAUCUACAAUGAUACCAACAUAGACCCCAACUUUGCAUCUUCUUUGCAGGGCACGUGCCCUAGAAGUAGUGGUGGAGAUAGCAAUCUGGCAGCAUUGGAUCGUGCCACUCCCUCAAGAUUUGACACUUCAUUCUAUUCUGCAUUGCUGAGUAAAAAGGGUCUACUUCAUUCCGAUCAAGAGCUCUUCAAAGGAGAUGGUGGUGAAAGUGACAAUUUGGUGAAGCUAUACAGCAAGAACCCUUUUGCUUUUGCUAGGGAUUUUAAGGCUUCCAUGGUCAAGAUGGGUAACAUGAAGACUCUUACUGGGAGUGUUGGAGAGAUCAGAAACAAUUGUAGAAGAAUCAACUAAAUGCUUUCUUAGUGAUGCUAGGGUUUCCAUAAUUAAUGAUGCGAAUGAGAUUGUUUUAAAGUUUAAAUUUUGUUUAAGAAUAUUAAAUAAAAUAUUGCUAAUGUUGAUUGACAUUUAUUUUUAUUA